AUGGCGACUCAAAUGAGCAAGAAGAGAAAGUUUGUGGCCGAUGGAGUGUUCUUCGCAGAACUGAACGAGGUUCUGACGCGAGAGCUGGCGGAGGAUGGUUACUCCGGCGUGGAAGUUAGAGUUACGCCGAUGCGCACCGAAAUCAUAAUCAGAGCUACUAGAACCCAAGCCGUUCUCGGUGAGAAGGGAAGGAGAAUCAGGGAACUUACCUCGGUGGUUCAGAAGAGGUUCAAGUUUCCAGAAAACAGCGUUGAACUGUACGCCGAGAAAGUCAACAACAGGGGACUUUGCGCUAUAGCUCAGGCUGAGUCUCUCCGCUACAAGCUCCUUGGUGGACUUGCUGUACGCAGGGCUUGCUAUGGUGUUUUGAGGUUUGUUAUGGAGAGUGGUGCCAAGGGAUGUGAGGUGAUUGUGAGUGGGAAAUUGAGAGCACAGAGGGCAAAAUCCAUGAAGUUUAAGGAUGGCUACAUGAUUUCCUCUGGUCAACCUGUCAAAGAUUAUAUCGACUCUGCAGUGAGACACGUGCUCCUCAGACAGGGUGUUCUUGGCAUUAAGGUAAAGAUUAUGCUUGAUUGGGAUCCUAAAGGGAAGCAGGGUCCUAAAACUCCCCUUCCUGAUCUAGUUACAAUCCAUGCUCCAAAGGAGGAAGAGGAAUAUAUCCGACCUGAUCCCGUUUUGGCCAAUGAUAUCAUAGAAGCAAGUGCCUAG